AGCAGAGAGCGCGGCGGGGGUGUCCAGUGAGUGGUAGUGCAGUGACGGACGACGGGGGGAUGCCGCAGUGACCAUGGCUACGCCGCCGGACAGUCCCAUAGAGGAGGUGAACUACGAGAUCGAACCGUCCCGCUUACCCAAACACCGGCCUGUCGCGCUCGAGGACUUGUGUCGACAGACAAAGUUCACGAGACAGGAGAUCCGCGUCAUGUACAGGGGAUUCAAACAGGAAUGCCCGGAGGGAGUGGUGUGUGAGGAUGCCUUCAAGGAUAUUUAUGCCAAGUUCUUUCCACAUGGGAAUGCCACGAUGUACGCCCAUUUUGUGUUCAAAGCGUUCGACGUUAAUUGUAACGGAGCUAUCAGUUUUAGGGACCUGCUAGUGACGCUAUCGACGUUGCUGCGAGGUUCCAUCUAUGAAAAGUUACGAUGGACCUUCAAACUCUACGACAUCAACGGUGACGGCUGUAUAACGCGGUCAGAGCUGGGAGAGAUAGUACUUGCUAUACACGAGCUCAUGGGUCGCCGGUCUCACCAGGUCGAAGAGGACAGAAAGGCGAGAGAACACGUGGAUUUUGUUUUCAGAAAGUUAGACAUAAAUCAGGAUGGUGUUAUUACGUUAGAAGAAUUUAUUGAAUCUUGUCUAAAGGAUGAUGUAAUCACGAGGUCGCUGCGAGUGUUCGACUCAGGACUAUGAUCCUCACUGUCGCCGGACGAGGACGACCACAGUUCCCCGCGGACCGGACAGAGGCGUGCGUCCUCCGCCCAACCGGCUACCCGGAGACGGUCCUCGCCAGCGCAAUCGCAGACUCGCCGCCGGUCCUCGGUGCGCGUCCGCUGGGAACCGAGCCAUUGACUCACUUCAGUGCUACGAGAGGAUCAGGGACAUGUGGGCAAAGACUAGAAACUACCCGACUGAGACUGGACCCGUGGUCUGAUCGUCUUAUAGUGUACGGUUGGGACUGCAAUACUAAUUGUACAGUUGGCAGCAGUGAGAUAGUGGUGCGUGUGAUGUACGGCUGGCUAGUGAGUCUGUGAUAAGGAUAGCCAAAGUUAUGAGGUGGCCGGACAUUGUCGAUUGAAAGUUGGCCGUUAAAUCCUCAGCCAUACGCUGUUUAUUGUUGUCAGCCAAAAGCUCAUAAUGAGUAAUUUCAAGAGUAAAAUUUACCAAACAGUCUUUAAUACUUAUAGAAGCAAGAGCAUAGCAAUAAAUUGUUAACAUCGUAGGCUUGCGCGGUCGGCUGCGGCAUACUUUAAAUUAUCUGAUUCACAUCCCAUCGAAACAUUCCUAACAAAACCAGAUGUUGAGAUAUUUUAGGCAUCCCUAUGGAGAGGUAUCCUUAAAAUAUUUAAAAUAAUUUUAGCUUAGCCAGUAACACGUACAAGAGGGUGGUCGGAAAGCGGAACUGCAUCUGAUUGGCUGAACCUCAACCAAUCAGCUAUUAUGACUUCUAAUCAAGGUCGACUUUAUGAAAAUUUAAUUUGCCUUGUUUGACGUGUUCUCCAUUGCAGAACACAAUGGAAAACCUCUAUAUGCAACAGAAUUUAACAAAAUAAAAUAUGAUAAUAUAAAUAGCAAAGAAAUGCAUACUAUUAUCGAAGAAGAGAUCAAAGUAAUCCAGAAAGAAAACAACUUGGGAAAACUCAUUUUAUUAUGUGAAGUGUAUGCAGUAACCUAUUUCACCCUACUGUUAAAAGCCUAAUUGAACAUUUUAGUUAUUGCGUGCAAUAAAUAAAUGAAAUUGCAAUUAUGUUAUUAAAUUAUUACCAAUUUAUUUGCUUUUAUUUGCUCAAGUAAAUAAAUAAAAGUAUUCAUUUUUAGCUUUCGUCUGACAAUAUUGUAAAAGUCGAUCUUUAAAGGAAAUAUAGCGGCCAACAUAACUCAAUCAGAAAUAUUGGUGAGUGAAAUCCCAUUAAGCUAUAAAGUUGAACGUUUCAAUUGCAUAUUUUACUUGACAGUUUCUUUAGAGUAGACAACUGAUGUACUGCUGUUUGCAUUGAUUAAAUUAAUGUUGGUAGAAAUUUAUUGUCUCAGAAGAGCUAAUACUUUUGUAAUACUUAAUUUUUAGUAUAGAUUUAGUGCUAUUGGGAUUUCAUCGUUUCGGAUGCAGAGUAAGUUGACUGUGAAUAUUUAAUAUGCUUUGAGAACACUGUUGAAAGUGCGAAAUCGUUCACCGCUCGUGAUUGGUGAUGAAGUGUGAUUUUAUGAACUUGACAUUUUUAUACAUUAGAUUCCAUUUUCGUAAUUAUUUGUAUCCAAUAUUCGAGUGAAUAUUUUUGUAAAGUUUGUUUAAAAAAUUGAAUUUCAAUAGUUCAAUCGCAUGCUAAGCACUCAUUGAUAAUUCUGAAAUGUUUUCAUCAGAACCUGUUACUCAUUUCCUUAUUCUGUACUAUUGAAUUCUACAUUUGUAGAUCCAUACAAUUGAAGUGUCUUGUUGUUUGAUUGUUUAGUAAGUAAUAAUUUAUUUAGCUGCUGUCCAUACAGAGCUCAAAUAGUAAACUGUGCUGAACGAUUGACAUUUUAAAUAAUUGAUACAGUUUACAUUUCACAUAUUCAAUCUUCGAUCCGUAUUUUGGCACUGUUCCAUUUACAAAUAUAUUAUUCCGAUUUUCGUAAUUUAAAUAGAUUAUUUCAUACUUGUUUACUGCGGGUAAAAUGUUUUCUAAUUAAAUUAUAUUUUUCCUGUCUUAAUAUGAUGUUUAAUGUCGACCAAUGUAAAUGGUUUGUAGUGUAUUCUGAUUGUGUUAAAACUCACUCAUGACAAUUUUUUAUCUAAUUCAGUCCCUAUCUUUUACUACAGUUUAUGAUUAUUAUCUUACACUCUUAAAAUUAAUUUCGAUUUUUUUAAUACUCUUCAAUUCGUAAGCAACCAAAUACAAAAGUUUUUUUAAGAAACGAAUUAAUUCUUAUAAGUAAUUAUAAGUUGCCCUUAAAAUAUGUAGAAAAAUUCUUUAGAAAAGAUAUUUUACAUUUUAAAGUUUAUAUAUACAAUUAAGCACAAUUUGGACGCCACCAUCUUUAAAAUGUGUCAGGUGAAACCGUGUUAAGCGUCGUUCUACUUCGAUUUUAUACACUUUAAUUUUAGUUAAUAAAAAUAUUGAUUACUUUCAACUUAUAACACUUAAUCAAAUACAGGAGCUGUGUAAUUUUAAACAGUUUUGGACAUUUUCCCAUUAAACAUAUAGUAACAAAAAUAUGAAAGCAACCAACAAGUUUUCAAUUAUUACCCAAAUGGUUGUACAAAAAUAUAAUAAACCAUCUUAAAGUAUACCCAAUCGUUUUAAUAAGUUUAUUUACAGAGCAUUAUACACGAAACUAUACUACAAAUAUUUUAUUACAGAACACAAGAUGGUAUAGAAAUUGUAUUAUGAAAUUAUAUUCAUAUUUGGUUUAUUUAAAGCCAAUUUAAAACAUAUGUCUAUUAAACUAUUUUUAAUAUUUGGUACAAUAUGGUCUAGAAGUUGGGUAUUGUACACAGAUCAAUUAUUUCCAUUAGUGUAAUAUUCAGCUGAUAUUAAAUUAUGACUACAUAUUCUUAGAAUUUGUUGUGCAUUCCAUCUUAACAACUCCAGCGUGAUAUAAUGUAUAGGCGAAAAAUCAACGUUAUAAGUUAAGUAACAAAAUUUUAAUAUUUCUUUAGCUAUAAUAUUUUAAACAUCAAAAUAUUUUCUGUUAAAUCUCACUUGUACAAGUAAUAUACAGCAUAUAAUUGUUUUUAGUGCAUCCAUAGCACAAACGUUUAAAUUUUUCGGUGCU